CUUCCCUCUCGCGUGGUUUGGCGCGUUGAGCUCGGCAAGGCGCCGCUUCUCGGUCAUGGCUUCUAAUCGAGAGGAGCGGCAGCAAAUGCGGCAGCGCGGAGCAGCGCUACGCAAGACCAAGGCAGUCGACUUUGGCUUCUCGUUUGGCAUGACUCCUGCGGCUGAUGAGGAGUCCCAACCCGCGUCGCGACCCGGACCCGCCGAUGUUGGUAUUGCUCUGGAAGCCCCAGCACCACCACCACCACCACCCACAAUUACGACGACAACGACCGAUACGACGGCGACGACCACUGCUGCGGAGUCAGCAAAUACACCACCUCCCAUCGUGUCACCGGAGAGAAACCCCCUGUCGCCCCAGGGAUCCAUUCGCCGAACACCGGGAAGCGCGCGCAACAAGCGUCCCCCACGACCCGACACCUUUGACAUACCCACAGAAGAGCCGCCGGACGUUGGGCCUAGUCGCAAGAUAAGAAAACUCAGUCAUCCAGUGAGAACUUCGACGACGACAUCGCUUGGCGCGCGCGAUGAGGAUAAUAACUCACAAUCUCUCCAAAACGGCGUUGAUUCAAGCGCAACGGCUCAUUUGCCGAAGAAACCCCCAACCAUUGAUAGCGCACCUCCGAUCGAGGAACAACAACCUCAAGAAAUACCUUCAGUCACACCCGUAGUAUCCGAGGAUGCUGUGCCAGAGCAGACGAACGGGGCGGCAGCAAUUUCGGAGCCCAAGACUGCAGCAAAAUCUUCCUCGCCAAUUCCACAAGAGCCCCCCCAAACAAACGGGACGCCUUCUCCACCUGGGCAGAAGACGAAGGGCAAGCGCAAAAGGCGAACAUCCCGGGAUAGUGAGGGCUCCUCGCGGCGGAGUUCUCGACGGACUUCUCCGCGGAAUUCUGCAAGCCCCAAGUCAGCGGAUGUGAAUGAUGAGCUGUUAUCGGAACCAAUGGAUAUGUCGUCGGACGGAAUACCCGAGACCGCUGAGUCUCCGACUACUGCUGUACCUGAGCCCCCUGAACAAGAUAGCAUCGUACUCAAAAAAGUUACCGAACCUCCGGUUGUCGCUGGAUCGCAGGCCAGUGCUGAAAUCCAAGUCACUGAUUCGCAAGCUACUGCCGAGGUGGAAAUCGCCAGUCAACCGCAGGUUGCGGCAGAAAAACAACCCGCUGCUGAAGCACAUGUCAUCAAUGAGCCUGAGCUCACCACCGAACCGCAAAUCGUCCCCGAGCCUGAAGUUGAUGAGCCUGAAGUUGCUGAGCCUGAAGCUAUUGAGCCCAAGGCUACUGAGCCCGAAGUCAUUACCGAACCACAGAUCGCUAUUGAGCCGGAAUCUGCUACCGAAACCAACGAGAUAACUCAGCUGCAAGACGGCGCCGAACCCCUAGAAGCCACCGAGCCCGAACAGAUAGUCGAGCCUCAAGGCAUUACAGCGGAGACGAGGUCCACAACACCUCCACGAGCGAAACGAACAAGAGGCAAACGUGCAGCAUCCGCUCAACCACCCUCAAGUACAGUCAAAGUACCUAGAGUUGCCAGAGCUGGCUCGGUAGAAAGCGCACCGGUUCAAGCCAAGGAAAGCAAGAGGCUUCGAGGACGGUUCGGAAGGGCCCAGAAGCCCACAUCUGAUGUUCCUGUGAUAGAAGAAGAGCCGGCCGAGAAACCUGAAGAGGUGGAAGUUACAUCUGAGCCGAAGGAUGAUACUACAAGUCGCAAGGAAACCCGUCAACAACGUCUGUCUCAAUCAACGGUGGCUGACAAGAAACCGAAGCGCGCUGGACGCCCUGGAAGAAAGGCCACACGACCCCAGGACAUCCAGGAAGAGACACGUCAGCCCGAAGUGCAGAAGGGACAAGAACAAGUGCAACUGCCCGGGCCUGAGGCCGAAGCUGAGCCUGAGCUUGAGCCUGAGGCCGAACCUGUACCCGAACCCGAAACGGAGCAACAGCCAGAGCCCCCACAAGAACCCGAGCCUUCUAGGCCUGCUAGGCGUGGUCGACGCAAGCAACCACCAUCAAAGAAGAAAGACGCAACACGGGUCGCCACUGAAGAGCCCACGGCACAAGUCGAGCCUACCGAAGAGACACAACCCGAGCCUGUUGAGGAGAUACAACCCGAGCCUGCUGAGGAGGUACAACCCGAGCCCGUCCAGGAAGCACCGCUCAAGAAACGCAAGCCCAGACAACCUCGCGGCGAAACAGUGCCAGUGACAGUCCAUCGACUCGCGAACGCCGCUUCACUCAGAGGCAUUCUAGAACAAGACUCAUCCGACGAGGAAGAAGAACCAACCGACGAGAUCUCUGCCAGACAAAAAGCCAAGUUACCGAACCGUGGAGGCGUUAACGCAGCGGAUGUACUCGGCCAGAUCUGCCGCGAGACCCUCGAGAAGACACUCACGACGCUGAAAAACGGGAUUGCCGGCGAAACUAACGCCGCACGGCGUGCGGAAUGGACGCGUAAGAAGAAAGCCGUGGAGGCAUACGGCACAGAGUUGGAGGGCCGUCUCUUCGAACUGAGCGAGAUGCUAGACAGCAACUUCGUUCUCGGACGCCAGGUCAAGAAAGCCAAGCGGGACAUGAUGGACACCCGGAGCCGACUGUACCAAGUCCGGAAGGAAAGAGAGGCUAUAGCACUCCAGAUGGACGCUGUACGGAGGAAGCACACAGAGGAUGAGAGCGCCAAAAUGGCCCGCUCAACCAUCAACAACUCCCUCCACAGCCUUGACCUUGCUCUCGAGCGCAACCGCCCUGCCCCCGAAUCCAUGUCCGACUCCACGACCUCCGCCUCCGCCUCCACCGCUGGAUUGGAGUUCCUCCUCCGCAAUGUCGCGGACAACGUCAGCUCCGUUGCCCCCGGAGCCCAGGGUGGUCUAUUGCAUCAGAUCCGGUCAUUCAAUGCGCAGCUCGAAGCUACCGCGCGGAGACUCGAGAGUUGAUGUACCGCUUACUCUGCUAUAUUUACUUGAAUACUUCCUCUCACUCGACUUCGCUUCUUUUCCUGUGUUACCUCAUUUUCAAACAGCCUUUUUUUAUUUUUAUUUUUUUAUUUUCCUGUUCAAAUGAAUACCCAACGGCAUUGUUGUGUAAGGAGUGCGGGUCGGUUGUCGGUUGUUGGUUGGAUAAUGAUGAAUCAAUAGAUUGAUGAUGGGAUUAUACUUGCAUGCAUAUGCAUGGUGCGUUGCUCUCUUUCUGCUUACGGUCCGGUCCUUCUUUCUUCGUAUUCUCUUUUCCUUGCUAUUGGAUACAUUGCUUAGCCUCGUAAAUACUAUUUUUG